AUGUCUUCCUGGAUCGGCGAUGUUUGUGCGCUUGCGCACCACCUGAAAUGUGUUGAAAUCACACUUCCUGACAUCUUCAUUAUCAUUGUCCUCACUUCUGGACUCCCAUCAGAAUACGAGCCUGUUGUUGUUGCACUUGAUGCAGUUGACUCAGCUAAACUCACUCUUGAUGUCGCAAUUGCUCAGCUCCUCAAUGAAGAAGAGCACCAUAUUAGUCAGCAGCUGAUGGCUGAAUACAGAUCCUCCGCUACAGAUCCCGAGAGCGCUGCCUAUGCCGCUUGUACACCAAAUGUUACAUGCUUUGGUUGUGGACAAAAAGGUCACUAUGUUAAGGAUUGCAAAAGGAGGACCUUGGAGAAUGUGGAAGCCAAGGUGGCAGUUACUCAUGGUCCAGAUUUGUCAGAUGAGCUGGAAGGUGUCUGGUGA